AUGGACGAGCUCGUCCGCCACUGUCUGCGUGAAAUAUCGUUUGACGGAGACUUGGGAUGCGACGUCUCCCGCCUCAGGGAUUUCGUCUCCGAGUUCUACUCGCACCCGUCGUCGAGCCGGGUCCAGGGACAGAACGUCGACGACGCGUUCUGUGCGUUCGUCUGGUCUGUGAUCGUCCAGCAGCCCGGGAUCCGCAUCGGGACCACCCCCGAGGGCAGUUCGACGGAGGUAUACAUCGCCCCGCAGGUCCGAGCUAUCAAGAAGGCAAAAGCGAAGGGGGAGGACACUACCGCUGCCGAGGAUCCGCCCCCGGCGACGGGGCUGGACAUCAUCGAGGAUGCUACGAUUCGGCCGCUGGAGGAUUUGAGGCAGCAGUAUGGGGAUAAGCUGCGCGUUGCGGUCGAUCCAGAGACGACGUUCGUCGCUCUGACGGGGUCGCACACACGGCCCUCGAAAUUGACUCCGAUGAUCUAUACUGGUCUCCAGAUUAUCACAAGAGGCAGAGAGCACGGUGUCAGUGCCCUGGAUCUCGGCAAGAAGUCCGGAUAUGACCAGAAGACAUGCUUCUACAUCAUCAAGCAGCUCGUCGACCUCGAUCUUGUGGUCAAGCUGCGGCAGCCGGGUAUCAGCACCAACAUAGUCGUACAUAAAUACUUCUACGAACGAAGUCCGAUAUGGCAGCAGGUCGUGUCAGAGGAGAAGAAGGCCGUCUCUGAGGCCCAAGCCAAGGAAGAUGGCGACUCGGAGGAGGAAGAUGACGGGGAUGAGACGAAGCCGUUAGAGCCAGUUCACUUCGACCCCAUUGAUUCCCGACACCUGUCAAGCAUGCCAUUGCUCAAGUCCCGUCUGACGAAGCUCCUGAAGGCAUGCCCACAUUAUAUGCAUACUUCCAACAACCUCAUGCUCAAGAUCGGAUUCGUGAACCCUACCAGGACAGAACGAAGGUUCUUUCGUACGCGUAUUCGAGAACUGGUAGACGAAGGCUUCAUCGAGAAGGUUCACGUUCCGCAUGCUGAUAGGAGGCGCUUCCCCGACAAGAAGGUCCCAUGCAUUCGCCUUGUAACAGAUGAUGCCGCAUCGCAAGCACGGGGUGAAACUGUUCCUGUCGAAGACGAUGAGCUUGAGGAUAUUGAGAUGUCUCAGGUGGAGGACUACACCGGCUUGAAGGCAAACGCGUCCCUCCACAAGCAGAUGAUCGACCGUCUCGCAGAGGCCGGCACGACUGGAAUGACUCUCAACGAGCUCUCCGCUACACUAGGCGACUUUGACCGGCGCACUGUCGACCUCCUCCUCAAUCGCCUCGAGAAGGACCCACCGCCUGCUCAUCUUGCCGACCUCGGGAUCGCUCAGCUCGCAGAGACGCACGGGCGCGAGCGGCGGUACAAGUACUACACCGUCGCUCACUAUCUCGCGCUCGCCGAGAAGGAGCGGUUCGAGGACCGGAGAUAUCGCGACGUAGACAUGUCUGCCGUGGGGGGCUUCAUGCCCAUCGAGGUCGAGGCGUUUUAUGAAGACGAGGAGGAGCUGGACCGCCACGUGCGGCUGAUGAGCAGUACGAAGAGCGGGAGCGCUUCCUUGUCGAAGGCGAAGGGGAAGAAGCGCACCAACCCCAUUUUGGCAGACGGAUCCGUCAAGAAGGGUCGGCCGAGGAAGUCCCAAGUGGUGGGAGAGGAUGAGGAGGCCGUGCCUACACCGUCGAAGAAGGGCAAGAAACGGAAGAGAGAGGAGUCGCUGGACGGAGGUGCUGUCCGAGAGGGCGAUGCAGCCAAGGGCGGCGAGCCUCCUAUCAAGAAGAGGCGUGGACGACCACCGAAGAAUCAUGCUGCGAGCAUUGCAACUGACGGUGGGCUGUCAGAAGUGGCCCCGAUCCCUAAGAAGCGGGGGCGGCCUCCCAAGAAGGCAGCAAAAGUUGAUGAGCCGACUGGUAUCAUGGCUGGGCCGUCUUCAGAGGUACAGGAGGGCGCUGUUGCUGCUGCUAAGGCUCCGAAGAAACGCGGUCGACCAAGGAAGACUCGUGAGCCGACAGUAGAUGCUACUCCUCGGGACCUGGUCAUCGCUCCCGCCCCUGCGAACGACGAUGAUAUCCCGCCCAUUUCCGCGCCAGUAAAGGAUGUUCCAAUGCUCGAGGAUCCAUCCUCGUCACCUUUGCCCUCGCUUUCAAAUUCGCCCACUCCUGCGAUCUCAUCAGCUCGAGCCGUCACAAGUCACACGGAGGAUGUAGCGCAGCCUGAUCCUCCCUCAAUCGCUGAAGAUAGUCAAGGCGCCCCUGAAGCAGUGGCGAUCUCACAAGUAGCUCCCGAAGUGGCUGCCAGCACUGGUGUUCGACGCUCUACGAGAACACCGAAGGCUCGCAAGCAAGACGACGCCCUCUCUCCACUGAAGAAGAGCAUACGCCGAAGACCACUUUCUACAACGGUCCCCACCGCUGCCGAAGAGCCUUCUGCCCCAUUGCCAACGAUAGACAUCGUCGAAGCCGAUACACAAGAAGAACCCUCCGACAAGCCAAGCCUCGACGUGAUCACUGCCGGCGAAGGGCCCCGGUCGACAGAUCCUAUACCGGCCGACAGCUCAACCACCGACAUUCCUAUUGACCCUGCCCUGCUCGGUGAUAACGAGUUGUCCCGAAUGGUCCAAGGACAUUCGCUCAUAGCGAUGGUUUGUGCCCAUGUCUCAGAACCAUCCCAGUCACCUGCGCCGGAGUUUCCCGAAGCUGGCCCCAGCACAGGUACAAGUGUACCUCACAAGCGAGAUCAACCCGACACGGUGUCCGAAGGGCCUUCGACCAAGCGUACUAAGUCGGGUGACAGUGCGAAGUUGCGCACAAAGGGCAACAUCUCUCAGCCGCGCCGGGAGAACGAGAUCUUGCGGCUUCUUGCUGAGGCGGACGGAAUCAUCAACACAAGCUCCAAAGAGUUUUACGAGGCCCAUGCAGCCCUCGUAGAACGGCUGGUCGCGGCCGGGGAGCCAGUCAGUACCCGUGUUGGAGCGAGAAUUGACAAGAGGACCCUCGAGGCGACGCUCAGGGAGCUCGAGUCGAAGGGCAAGAUCAAGCUCCUGACGACGUCCGCGCCGACGCUCACGGGAAGCACGCGUAUGGCUCGCAUCGCAUAUCUUCCCAGGAUCCCACCAGACGCGGUGAAUACGUUUCUGGCCGAACUCAGUCAGCAGCUUUGGUCCCUGUCUCACAACCCUAGUACAAGUACUGCAAAGACGCUUGAGGAGCCGAUGGACUACGGCGGCAUUCGGAAGAAGACGUCAGGUCGUGUCCGUCCCUCAAUCGCCACCGAGCAAGAGGACGGAGAGGUGCAGGAGAUCAAGCCAACCGACUUGGGGGCACUAUUCCAGCAGGAUGACCAAAUCAUUCAUGAUACGCUGCUUACCGAGAAGCACACAGUGGCCCAGCUGUACGGGUAUCUCGUGGGCAAGGCCGCGAGGGCGCGUUCACUCCAUCUCGCAACUGUUGGGCUAUUUGGACAGGAUGCGUCGUCCACCCAAAUUGUCUCCAAGGAGCACAGGAUAGUACAUAUCUCCUACUACUUCACGGACAUUCCCAUCUCCACCUACUGCUCUCUCGUCGCAGUCCUUCAGCCCAACGAGGAACUUGCCACGCUUCUCCGCUCCCCUGCGGGACAGGCUACGCCGGUCGGCGGUGUUAGCGACAGCCUUCGCAACGUGCUUACUCCCACACAGUCAAAGCCUCGUGCCCGGAUACUCUCUCUUUUGGAUCUACUUCAGGUGCUCGGUCUUGUCACACCUCUGAUCCCUUCUGAGUCGGACACUCCAGCCUUUUCUUGCACAGGCAACGUGCAUCAUCCUGCUGCCUUCGAUGUCGCACCUCCUGACACAUACACACCUGCAAUUGCACCUUUGUACUGGCGAUUCAACGACUCCGCUCCCAUCCGCCUCUGGGCGAUUGGAGAGGGAGUACCUGCGGUGUGGAAGAUGGCCCCGGUCUCUACCAGCCAGCAGGCCGCAUUGUACUGGAACGACCUUCAGCAGGUCUGCACUGACCCGCUCCACGCACAGCACUUGCUUGGCCCCGCACCUGCAUCCACGGGACCCGCGAGUCAAGAAGUUGCUACCACCUGCAAGUCUCUUAGGCGUACGAUUUCCUGGAGCGCAGUGUACAAUUUGUCAUUCUAUCAGACCGAGUAUCUGCGCCGCUACAUCGACCCUGCGACAGGCAAUACGCCCUUGGAAGACGAAGACGGAGCCAGGCGUGACGCGCAGUUAGACCGCCUUUCCUGGAUCGUCAGUGCAUCGAGAGAAGUUGUCGCAAGCUGGUUUGAGAAAGCGCGGAAGAAGCAAUUGCGCGACAUCAAGAAGGUCAAAUUGGCUUCGACGAAGGGUAAGCAAAAAGCUGCGACAGCGGAGGAUGCGGGUGUCGUCGUAGCGCGUCGCGCAGCCGAGGCGAAGGAACAACGCGAGCUCGCUUGGGAGGCCAUGGUCCAACGUGUACAUCCUGGAGAGCUAAGGCAGUCCGCUGCACAAAGGGUCAAUCGGGUCAGAUCUAAGUUCAUACAAAGUUCCGCGAAGCCGAGCGACAAAUGGGAGGCAAGGAUAUUGGAGGCGAUCAAGGAGGCAGACUUGGUCGCUGACAAGCUCUUGUCAACGGCGCAUCCCCCGCUGUUCGCGCCUAUGCCUGUGGCUAAACCUGCACUUCCUGCCCCUGUUCCAACCGGUUUACAGGAGAAGGACGUGGAUGAGCUCAUCGCCUCGCAAGGUGCAAGAGCAGCCCAAGGUGCUCGCACUGGGAAGAAGACCAAGAAGGGGAAAGCGAAGGAUACAGGUGAGACGGAAGUGAAGGUGCCCCGACGACAUCGCUUUCUCUGGACCCGCGACUACGAUGAGCUCGUGCGAGACGCAUCGGCCAUCAUCAAAGCUCGAUGUCGCGGUACAACGCGCCUUGACUGGGGCGCUAUGGAGCAAAUUUUCCCCGCUGUCCCCCGUAAUUCCGUCAGGCAGCGCCUCGUCCACCUGAAGGAGGUCCCGGGAACGGAGACGUACCUCUCCCGACUUGAAGACAAGUGGUAUGAUCUCUGGGUACAGCACCGAGGCACAGACGUCCUCCCGGAUCCCGAUCCAGAAAGUGCCACGAAUUUCGACCUGGCGACGCACGUCAAAUUUCUGCGCAAGCAUAUUGACAAGAAUGCCAUACGCGUCGGGUUUGUCGAGGUGCAAGACAGCCAAAAGGUUGAUCUCCCUGCGACCAUUGAAGACAUCAAGCGGCACUAUGACAUCGUCGAGAAGGUACCUAGCGCCCCGACCUGGGACUUCAUGUGGAGCGUUGUUGCGGAAGAGGCCCGCGAGAAGCAGUUUGCACACCAGGCCUUUACAGCAGAAGUGGGUGGUAUGCCUCCUUCGCCCUCUUAUGAGUCAGAGUUCCUGUAUGUUGCCGAUACAGCAGUCAAGAUGGCCCUAGGCAAUCCUAACGAGACCUACGACGCCGACGUAGCAUCUCGGCUGCUCAAAGGUGUUGGGGAGGAACCAGUGCGCGCAACAACAACGGAGCUUUUGAAUCGCGGAGUACUAGCGAGGACGACUCGAGAUCCUACUAAGACGAAGCCGGGACGGACGCUCAAGAUCUCCGAUAGCAACUACAAUUCGCUAGGCGGCCAGCUGCAUCGGGAACUCUUCCAAGAUGCAUCUGCGCUUGAGGAGCUCAUCGUCCAGCAGCAACAAGGAGACGGUCUGAAUGCACCCCAUGAACAAGGGCAAGAGUGGUCGCUGCUGGCCACGGACGGUGACACAGCCUUCCUCCUCGAGCUCACGUCCGAGAAUAAGGUCCGAUUUGAUGUAGAUACCACACACCCCCAGAAGAUGCGGUCCAACAUCGACUGGAACAGCAAGAAAGCAGAUGACGACGACAUCGAGACUGCAAUCCGGGUGCAGUAUUUGGAUGUCUCCGGCCCAUCGCGAGAUGCACUGUCAGAACCCUCAGCAGAGCCUUCGGGCAUCGAGGUCGAAGCGGAGAUGGACAUGGAUGACGAGCACUCCCUCCGCGAACAUGGCACACUGGCAGAUGGCGAGCAGGCCUUCUGUCGCCGCACAUCUGAGGGCUUGAUCGACUGCCAAGCGUGUCUCGAAAAAGCCAGGAAAUCUCUCUUCCGGGGAUUGAACACAGAUGAGCAGGCUACCGUUGACAAGAUCAUAGCAGCGCUGGAUGAAGCUGGUCCAACGGGCCUUACGAAGCAGGAACUUCUCGCGAAGUUAGAGUUCGUGCGAGGCGACACGCUCCACACGGUCGUUCAACGCAUGACAGAAGGCCCUGUUCCCCUCGCGCACUGGACCGGAUAUAACGCCGUCGUCCUCGUGUCGUCUGCCGCGAUCAGGAAGUGGACAGUGCUCGUGAACGACAACGCGACUGAGGAACCUGAGCAGCCCUCGAUGUCCGAAGCCCCUGUGCUGAAGUCGAUGAUCUUUCCGCGCCGCUGGUUAGACAUCUAUGGACGGAAAUUACACGACGUGUGGGAGUCCGCACUGCGCGCCGCACUGGGCCUCGUCCUCCUCCACCCCGGCAUUUCACAGGUGCGGUGUCAUGCCCAUCUUCAUCUUCAUCUUCAUCUCCUUCCCAGGCUGCGCGCUGUUCCCAUGCUCUAAUACUUCCAUCGCCUCCACCCGUCAUCCCGUAGAACGCGCAUCGCUGACUAUAACAUCGGAAAUCCACAGGCCGAGAUCCGGUGGCGGCUGCGGUCCACUUACGAUCGUCAAGAGGUGUGCGAGGUGCUGCAGACGCUGCUCGAGGAGAGGUACAUCAUUGCACGAGUUGAUGCUGUGCAUCUAGGGCCGUUCGAGGGUGUGCCUGCCGAU